CUCCUUCAGGCUCAGUUCUUGAUCUCCACUUGACUUUGACUCACCGCCUGUAAUCGUACGCUCCUUCUCUUCUUCAGGAGCCCUUUUCCGAUUCCUAUCAGUCGAAUUUUCAAGCAUUUUCGAAGAUGGCGGGCAAUUUUGAUUCCUGGGAAGACGCAGCGGCGCAAGAGGAAGACCUUUCAAAGAAGACACAGAAUAUGAGCGUGAAUGCCAACACUUUCAGGCCUGGAGCCGCAUCGUUUCAGCCUGGUGCUGCCACGUUCCAACCGGGACAGCCAUACCAGCAGAAUGGCUAUCAAAGCUAUGGGUAUGGGCAACAGCAAGGCUACAACCAAUACCCCCAGUACGGCCAGCAAUACAAUCAAUAUCCUCAAUAUCAACAGCAGCAACAGCAGCAGCAAGGCUACAAUCAAGGCUAUAGCAGCGGCCAAUUUGCCGCUUACAAUCAGACCCCCGGCGGCUUUCAACCCAGACAAGGCGCUCCCAUAAGUAUUGCGAAGAGGUCGGACACCCAGCCUGCAUCUGCCCCAACUCAACAGGUCCCCGCUCCAGCAACCAAGGCUGAAGCAGCCCCUGCAGCCCCUGCACCCAAACCACAGCCAGCUGCUGCGGCACCUCCCAAAGCGAAGGUCCUUUCGAUCGGUGUCCCAACGUCAGCAUCGGCCUCCCCUAAGAAACCUGCUUCUCCCACCACCAAGGACGAGCCCACUCCCCCAAAAGCUGAAGCCGGAGCCAAGGUUGCUGCGGCGAAAGCUGUCGAGAAGACCGGCGAAAAAAUCAGUGGGAAGACGUCCCCUGCGCCUUCAUCAGGAAAGUCUUCCCCCACACCGGCAGAUGCCAAAAAACAACGAAAUGCAGAUGAAGUCGCACAAUCGCAAACAGCCGAUGUGGACGCAUCAGUCCUACAAGAGAUGUACGGGAAGGAGCACGUCAACAUAAUUUUCAUUGGCCACGUCGAUGCCGGCAAAUCCACACUCGGUGGCCAGGUGCUCAUCCAAACAGGCAUGGUUGAUGAGCGUACUCUGGAGAAGUAUAAGCGGGACGCUAAAGAUGCCGGGCGAGAAACCUGGUACAUUUCUUGGGUAUUGGAUUUGAAUAAGGAAGAAAGAGCCAAGGGGAAGACAGUUGAAGUGGGCCGAGGCUUCUUUGAAACCGAGAAACGGAGAUACACGAUCCUCGAUGCGCCAGGUCAUAAAACGUACGUGCCGAACAUGUUGAGUGGUGCGGCUCAAGCAGAUGUGGCCAUCCUGGUUAUCUCUGCUCGAAAGGGCGAAUUCGAAACCGGGUUCGAAAAGGGUGGACAGACACAAGAGCAUGCCAUGCUGAUCAAAACCACGGGCGCCAAAGAGCUGGUCGUAGCCGUGAACAAAAUGGACGACCCUACCGUGGAAUGGUCCAAAGAACGAUACGACGAGAUCGUAGGCAAACUGAAACCAUACCUGAAAAAGCGAAUCGGCCUGGACUCCACCUUCAUGCCCAUCUCCGCGCAAACGGGCGUCAAUGUCAGAGACCGCAUCCCUCCGAACAUCGCGAGUUGGUAUAAAGGGCCUUCUCUCCUGGAAUUCUUGGACGGCAUGGCAAAGAUCCAGCGAAACAUCAAUGCACCCUUCAUGAUGCCCAUUGGCGCCAAAUACAGAGACAUGGGCACCAUGGUCGAAGGGCGUAUCGAAGCCGGUGUGGUUCAAAAGAGUUCGACCUUGGUUAUGAUGCCGAACCGUGAGGAAGUUGGCAUUGCGGCCCUCUAUGGCGAGACGGAAGAUGAAGUUGCUUACGCCACCUGCGGUGACCAAGUGCGCAUGCGCUUGCGGGGCAUUGAAGAAGAAGACAUCCAGCCGGGCUUCGUGCUCUGCUCGCCCAAACGUCUCGUCCACUGCGUCAAAGAGUUUGAGGCACAGAUCAACAUCGUGGAACUGAAAUCCAUCCUCUCUGCCGGCUUUAACUGCGUUAUACACGUACACGCCGCAACGGAAGAAGUUACGUUUGCGGCUUUGCUUCACAAACUCGAACCGAAAACAGGACGCAAGAGCAAGAAACCGCCCCCAUUUGCCGCAAAGGGACAGAACAUUAUUGCGAGAUUGCAGGUUACGAGCGGAGCCGGCAAGAUUUGUAUCGAGAGGUUUGAGGACUAUCCGCAGCUGGGACGGUUCACGCUGCGAGACCAAGGGCAGACCAUUGCAGUGGGCAAGAUCACCAAGCUGAUCUUUGAUGAUGAGUAAACGGAUACACAUGUGCACGGAGUCACAUCUGGAGGUUUGUUUGUCGUCCUUCCUUCAUUCGUGUACAGCAGGGCAGCCAGGAAUAGAACCGGCGGGCGUGCAGCACGAGACAUGCAUGAAUGGACAUGCCACGUGCGACCAGAGGCAAACAUUGUCAUCAACGCCGAGAUGGAUUGAGAUGAUCACGAGCAGUGCAUGACAGGACGGCUAGAAAUGGGGUUGCAUCAAUCCGGGGACAACGGCUUUGGGGACGCGGCUCGGGUGGAGGUUGUGGCCAUCCGCUGCGCAACGCUAUCAGGGGGAGGCAGGGAUGUAGAUGGUUACUCCUACUCUUACUCCUAUGUGCGCGAUCUGGGACGAAAUAAACACGAUAUGAGACUCCUACCGACUCCUCUUCCCUCAAACGAAUAAAAAUGCGUACCUGCAUACAUACCUUGCAUAUGUAGAUAGAUACCUGCCUAUACAACAGAACCUCGAAUGUCCCACAUAUUUAUUACUCGGCGGUAUACA